GAGCGCGCUUUUGCGAAUUGUAUCUGGUUAAGUAGGAGUACAUCUCAUUAACAAAAUAAAUCAGCAGCCUUGCUUAUACAAUGCUACGCAAAAGCAUAAUCUCAUCGCAGAGCUUAUUUUGAACACGCCAGUCGUAUAGAGAUUUUAGCCAUCUUGCUAAUGACUGCAAUAACCGGUUUUACAUCAAUACAGACUCCGUGAGGAAGACUGAGAAAGCCUUGAUCACAGAAGACGUUUCUGGCCACCAAGAUGGCUCUAGAACAGCUCUGUGAUGUGGUCCAGAGAUGCCAAGCAAUCAAGGAUGAAGGCUUCUCACCGGAAGACUAUGAUUUAUUCUUCACUGCAGGAAGAACCUGUAUAGAGCAAGGCAACAGUGCUCAGGUUCUCAGCAUCCUAGUUGAUGAGACGAACAAGAACAUAGUGAGAUGCAUGGGCUGGAAUCUGCUGGGGCCAAUAGUACAGAUCCUCUUGAAGAAGGAAGACAGAAACCUUCACCACUGCCAUGCCAUCCUGACACAUCUGCUGGAGGUUUGCAGUCCUAAAGAGCUGCUGGUGGGUUUAUUGGAGCAGAUGGAAGAGGCUGAUACUGGCUCCAUCACUGAGACAGUUACUCUCCUCCUCAAGCCUUUACAAACAGUGCUGCUGCGGCUGGGCAUGAAGAAGGCCUCGUCUGUGGGCAUGGCUCUCUCCACACUUCUUAGCCAGGUGGCCAGAUUGCCGGUGCCUGUCACCAAAGAGGAGGAGGAGGAGGAUGCUUGUGGUCUGUGUCACUGCUGCACUGCUCUUCUACAGUUUGUCAAGCCCUUCGUUGAGGAGAUCAAGGAGGGUGUCAAGGAUAACAACAGAAUAUCCAAGGACAAUGAGCUCAGAGUUGAACUACUCAAGUUCUGUAUGAAGAGUUUAAGUAAUCCUCUACUGGAGGUGCAGUUGAAAGAUCCAGACACACUUCUGAAAUCCCCUCUGAGAGACUUUGCUACAGAAAUACUGAUCAUUUUGUCAAGUAUUGGGGAGUCACUCCCUGAUUUGUUAAGUCGUAAUGUACUGAAGAGAAGGGAGGUCCCAGGUUUUCUUGAAGAGGAGGUAAGAUACCCAAAGGAGUCACUGGCCUGCUUGUCCCACCUGCUUUUUGUGGAUCAUAUAGCUGUGGACAUCUUUCCAGCUGUUCUCAGUCCGAUUUUUGUUCUGCAAUGCAACAUGGAAUAUACUGAUCUGCUGUUAAGCAGAACUGAAGAAUCCCGUCUGCAGAAAGGACUGGCACUGUAUGAAAAAAGUCUAAUCAGAGUGGAAGAUAACAGUCUACCAGUAGAUCUUUUGGAGCUGAAGACAUUUUUCAGUGUUCCACAGAAUUUGGUUAAAGUUAUGACGCUGUGUCCAGACCAGACUUUGAGAACUAAAAGUCUGAAAGUGUUUCAGCUGAGUAUUGACAAAUUCAACACAGAGGCCAAAUACAAGUUUUUCAAGGGCAUGUUGAAAACAAGUCACCAUGCAGGGGUGGAGGGAUAUAUAAUCAAGAACAUCAAGAACCAGAUUGACUUUUCACUCAAGCCAUGUAAUGGUAAUGAUUGGUUCCUGGGUAAGCAUCUGCUGCCACUGCUGCGGCUAGUGCUGUGCUUUCCACAUGGACCAGAAACAGACCUGCUGCAGAACUUAGACAGGAUCAUGGAAUCACUGAACCUCCUGAGAUACUUGCUCAUCCGAGAUAAAGAAUGGGAGAAUGAGACUGGAAUCUGGACAGAGCUUUAUAAGAUUGAGGACAGCUAUCUGAAGCCACUGAGGACCGGUCUGAACAUGUCUAAAGCACAUUAUGAGGCAGAACUGAAGAGCGUGAAAGAAAAUAAGAAGAUCAGUUCAAAAGACACUAAAGCAUCAGUCUGCACAGUGACAGUUGACAAUGAGAAGCUGCCCAACAUGACACCAGAAAUGCAGAUUCAGGUUCUGCAGUCAGCCGUCUUCACAUUUGAUCUGAUAGAGAGUGUCUUGACAAGAAUUGAGGAGAUAAUCGAGACUAAAGAAAGACCCCUGUCGUGAUGUGAGGGACUCUAUGAUCCCUUCAACAUCUUUCCUUUCGGUGUCUCUCUGUCUACUCUGGCUCCAGUUGUGCAUCACUAUACAGAAACAUAUUAGUUAAUUAUAUAUACAGUGAGAAAACACUGAAAUCAUAUUUGUAACUCUUUUUUGGAUAGAUUUUCAAGGUUUGGCCACUGAACUAUGAUUGUGCAAAUUUGUUUGUACAUUUCAAGAUACUAAUGUAGAAAAGUCAUGUUAGGUUGCCAAAAAACAUGUAUGACAAUACAAUAUGUUGUUGGAUUAUUAUUAUUUUCAGGCUUGAAAUGUUCAGCUUUGUGUAUGUCAGUCACAAAAAAACAACAACACUGUGAACUAUGCAAAAGUAUUGCACGGAUUAAGAUUGAAGCGGAAAAUGACCUAGAGAUUUAAGAUGCUGUUUGUACCUGCAUUUUUGCAUCUUUCUUGUCUGUGAAAUCUCUGCUCUUUUGUGAGGGGAAUAUUUAGAAAUGUUGUUCUCUUCUGAUUUUGCUUUGAGUAAAUACCAUUUUUUUCCAGAUGCAGUUUUUCUUUUCUCAUAGAGGGUCUCAUUCACUAACCAUGUGUAAUGCACAUAAAUAUAUAUAACCUGUGA